AUCCGUUGCGUCGAAAUGAUCUGCUGCAUUUUUUCCAACAUAUUAACGAUUCCCCACAAAUGCAAAAUUGUUUGUACAACACAUACGGUUUUCUACAUGAGCUGACAACGUUAGAAGCUCAAUUCUACAAAUUGUAUCAACAUCUAAACUCAUCAAAGUACUACAACUCUUUGUUGCAACGAAUCGAUGCAUACGGAGCAGCAGAUCGUUUGUAUGGAGCAAAUGUUGAAAGACUUGCACUAUCAACCGUUUACACGGCAUGUUUGAGCAAAAUAUGUGCAUUGGAUUUUCAAUAUAAGUCGAGGAGUCUCAUAGUCGAUUUGGAGACAUUUAUGACUCAGAGCUUGAAAAAAAUUGACGCCAUCGUAGUAGAUCACAGAAAACUAACAGCCAUUAAGAUUCGAGAUGAAUAUAUAAAAGAGAUUGAGCUCAAAGUACAGGAGGGGCUCGACUUGAUGAAGAACAAAGUGGAACCAGCGAUUAAAAAGGCUACGGGUAAUAUGAACAAUGCUCUGGAAAAGCUAGUAGAUGAAAUUGUAGACUUAAUCGAAGAAGGUGAAGAGAGUCUACAAGAGCUGAUUGAAGCAAGAGACAAAAUGCGUCAAAAUUUGGUUGCCAGAGUAUUUCUUGGUAUAUUCGAUUUUGUUGGAAAAGCAUGUGGAUUUCUUGGACCCGUUGGACAAGGAGUUGGAGCUGUAAUUUCUGGUGGUGUUGCAAUAGGAGGUUCAUUCGUUGUGGAUCCAGACGUCGAUUAUGGGCAUCAGGUUCUAUUACCACCGGGCGUCAUUGAUGGACUUGAAAAAUUGACAGAGGUGCUGCUCCAAAUUCGAAUGGCUAAAAUUGGAGAACUUGCCGCUCAGUUAGAAGUUUGUCAAAAUGGUCUGAACGAUAAUCCAAGUGAAAAAGCUGAUCUCAAAGAAAUUGAGAACAAAACUCUCGAAUUGCUUCCAAAACUUGAAGAAGAACAGAAUAAUGAAAUACGAGCAGAUGAUGUUGAAGGUCUUCAAAAAUCCACUCAAACAAUAACGCAACUUGAAAAGGAGCUUCAAGACGAAGUUAAAAAGAAGAAAAAAGCGCUAGAAGAAGAAAUUGCUGGGGGAGACAAGAAGAAAGAAAAAGCGUUGGCGGUUAUAAAGAAUAUGAAAACCGGAAUCACUCUUGUUCAGUCAAGUAUUGGUUUGUACAAUAAAGUUAAAGGUGAUAAGAAGAAAGUUGAUGCCAUGACUGGGGCAAUAGAAGAUUUGGAGGAACAAAUUGAGUCGCUUAUGCUUUAUCAGGAAGCUGUUUAUAGUAUUCUAUUUCCGGUUGUACGAGAAAUUCAAAAGAAUGUGGAAGCAGUACAAGAUAGCUUGCCCACACAGUCUCAAAUUGCACUCGAUGUUACCAAAUGGAAAGUACAGACAGCGCUAAGAGACGUUCAAAAUUUACUGAACCAUAGCAUGGAUGGUUUUAAGUCUGUAGAGGACCUCAAUGCCUGUUUCGAACAGCUAAACGAAGCAUUUUCACUUCAAAUUAAUAUAUUUGAUCGCCUUGAGAAUCUACGGAGUCAACAAGCUCUCGGAGACUACAUGUACAACAUUGGAAAUGCAGAAAAGUACUUGAACCUACUCAAAGGAACUAUAUAUGAGAAGCUUGUCUUGCAACUGAACGUGACAAUUUUAUCAAAUUUGGUUCUUCUCGAGUUUGACAACGCAAUGCAUGUGUUUAAACAAUGGAUUUUCCCGUUUGCUGAAUGUCAUUUCGCAAAAUUUUUCCUUCCCAAUAGUCUGAAGCCAACUAUUGACAAACAAUCGUUACAAGAACUUGUUGUAUCUGCAAAUACACAGUUAAAAGCAGCAAUUGCCACCAUCAAAACGUACUGGUCAACUGUAACUGGUCACGACAAAUUUUUUUUCGAAGGCAAGUUUUAUAGCAACGAAAAGAUAGGCGGACCAUUUUACGAGUGGACCAAUAGCAGUCAUCUCACAACAAUACAGAAGUUGUUUCGUAAAGAAUCUGUAACGUUGUUAGCAGACGUUCGUAACAGCUCAACUUAUGUACGCGUUCGCGAAGCUAUUAAAUUCAGCGUAAUUUACAUAAAAUUCAACUUGGCUAAUGCAAAUGAGGAGAGAUUGGCGAAAUUCAACGAUGCUCUCGAAUAUUUUAUGGUUCAUCUAGAACAUUCUGGAAACAGUUACUAUGGUUUUGGAGGGAAUUAUUAUGUUAUACCAGGUGACAAAGUUACGCUCAGCUACAGCUUGAAAGGUUCUCUUGAAGGUGAUCCAGACAUUCAAUCUGUUAGCAGAGGCAAAAUUAUGACUGGCGAUUUAUUGCUAAGCCCAUAUGCACUUUGGUCAGUUAAAUUGUUAGCAGAUCGAGAUGAAGCUUGGACUAAAAUAGCUGAGUUUGUGGGUGACAUUUCAAUAGAAUUAGCUGGUCACGGCAAAUACGUUUGGGAUUUCGACAAUGGAUUGACAAAGUUGAAGUUGGAUCCUGCCCAAUAUUAUACGAUUCUAACCUAAAUAAUCAAAAAAGAUGGUAAAUUUUUU